AUGGGACAGCGGGACAGCGGUCCACAGGUACAAGGAGUUAAGUUUGAAAACUGGGCGAGGACCUAUGGCUGCUGCCCAGAGAUGCACUGUCAGCCCACAUCCAUGGAGGGGAUCAGAGAGGUUCAUGCGUUGUCUCGGCUGGUGCUGGUUCUAGCCAGGCAGCAGAAUAAGCGAGCGAAGGCAGUGGGUAGUGACCACUCACCAGACAUCGCCAGCACUGAAGGCUUGAUGAUGCACACAGGCAAGAUGAACUGGGUCCUCCAGGUGGACAAGGAGAAGCAGGUUGCUGUGAAGGCCGGCAUCCUCCUGGCUGACCUGCACCCACAGCUGGACAAGCAUGGCCUGGCCCUGUCCAACCUGGGAGCAGUGUCAGAGGUGAUGGCAGUUGGUGUCACUGAAUCCAGAACACACAACAUGGGGAUCAGGCACAGCAUCCCGGCCACCCAGGUGAUAGCACUGACCCUGCUGACGGCCGACAGGGUCAUCCUGGAGUGCUCCAAGCCCAGCAAUGCAGAGGUGUUCCAGGCCAUGCAGGAGCACCUGGGCUGCUGGGGGGUCAUCCUCACUGUCACCUUGCAGUGCAUGCCCCAGUUCCACUUGCAGGAGACAUCCUUCCCCUCAAUCCUGAAAGAGCCUGCAUCUCUCCUCCUAGCAGCGACCGCCAUCCUCUCUGCCCCACAGAGUCCUCCUGCCCUGGACUAA